AUGCUACACUCCUGGGAAGUAGAAGAGCUCAGUCAGCUCAAGGACACCAUCGACCAAAUUGCUCGAAACAACGCGUCAGCGAUCAAGUACGACCACAAGCGACUAGUCUUUACUGUUGCUGGCUCUGAUCGCGAGCGACAGAAGCAAGCUUUGGAUGCCUUGCGCGAGCUGGUGCAGAAGAUGACUCCUGCUAAGACCACAUGGCCCAAAAAGUUCAGAGAUGGCCAGACACACCCUUCCGGCUCGACUACAGGGAGCGCAACCAGCAGCGUGCCGGGAAGCAUCACAGGAUCGUUGAUCGACGUCCAGGAUGUUACGACAUCGUUCAGCCUCAUCGAUAUGAGCCCGGCACCACCAGAGGCUACCAAAUACACGGUUGAGUUUCAUGUCGACGACGAGGUUCGGGACCCAUACGAGAUGUACUACGCGGACAAGCGGCAGAAGAUCGACCUUCCAACCAUAUUAGCGAACGGGAACGGUUGUGAGGCUCAACUCUCGCCGGACGGGCGGACGGUCAGCAUCUCAGGAGACAGCUUAUCCAAGAUCACCACAGUUCAACUACAGCUCCAAAAGAUGCAGACCUAUCACCUUCGCAAGCCAUUUCAAGUCGACCGCGCUGCACUUGUCUACGGAAGCAAUCGGGAUGAGUUCCGCCUAAUCUUUGUUCGAAUCGUGGAGCAUCAAUACUACAGCAACCACAUCAAGUUCUUUCCGUCAUUGCGGCAAAACACACCCAGGCCCACCGACUUUUGCGUGAUCGAAAAGGCCACCUACGACGACAGUCAGGAGGACUGGAUCAUCCGGAGCGACGCCAGGAUCAACCCUCGUCUCGCUGCAUCACCACAACGCCGACCUAGCGUUGCACUCUCCCCCGUCCGACAACCCGCGAGGUCAAACUGGGGACCACUACCGCAAGCAUCUGAUCGCUCGGGAAGAUACGAGGCGUCGACAGGACCUGAGUGGUUUGAUCAAAAGAACCCAACUUUUGGCUUCAACAACAACCCCACCCCGACUGCCGAUUCCAGACAACAUCCAGCUCCUUCGCAGCACACUUCGAACUCGAACGUCAACCGAUCCUCCAGAACCGCCCCUAAUGUCGUGCCGAGCUGGUCAACCGUUGGUGGAAGAUCAUCGCCUGCUCAGUCAAACAGUGUGCCGCAAGGACAUAUCCGACGCGUGCCCCAGCCAGAGUGGGGAGCUCCAACAUUCGACACAACAGUGAAGGGCGACUUUCCAUCCUUGUCUACAGGAUCCCGAGCCCCACCAAGGCGACCUGGCAUGCCGUCCUUACCCUCGCCUCGAUCGGUUACCGCUUCUAACAUCGAUUACUCCAGACCACCUACGCUCCCUUCUCAGGCGCCCCAACCUAGCGCUUCAAGGGAUAUUGUGUUUGGAGAUCGGGAUUGGGAUUAUCUGGAGGACAGGGCAUCUCUGAGCUCUGGAGGACAGCGAUCGAGAGAUAUGGAGAACAACGGCUUGGAUGUACCUAGAUUGCGGGACCCUAACAUCGAGGUUACUGACGCCCAAAGGACUCUUCGACGCCUCCCCAAUCAGCAAGCGACUCCCGGUGGAUCGCCGUCACAAAUUUCCGGAUCUAGUCGAUUUAUCGACACCAUGCGAGUGUACAACAUGCGACGGCUUGCAGAGACCAUCCGAAGUGGAUUAACAGAGUUGCAGGGUCGGCGGAAGGAGAUUCGGUUAUUUGGACGAUUGGGAAACGUGGUGUACCCUGCUCGUCGGGAAAUAACGGAUCGAUCAUGGGAGUUUACCGAUAUUGACAACGUCCUCGAAAAGAAGCUCAAAGUUCUCCCCUGGUUCUCUCCUAUCACAACGACUGUCACAUCGCAUGUGAACAGCUUGUACGGUUUCUUGGGCAAGUUCAAGACAGAGUCGGCAUGCUAUGAGAUUGAUUGCGAUACCAGAACGAAUCCAACGUCGAGAUACACCCGGACUUUGGUGACGGUGCCAUCGACUGUGGCCCAUCUCGAGCGAGUCGUUACGCCCUGGGAGACCUUUGGGGAGGCAAUGUGGAACGCGGUGGACAAACAUGCAGAUUUUGAGAUUCUGCUGCAGGCCCGCGAGGGUGUGAUUCACGACACCAACUCCGCGCUCGGGCGCACCGAUGUCAAGCCCUUUAGCACGUUUCGCAAGAAGUUGUCCUUGGGAACACACAACUCGCACAUCACCUGCCGCGAUGUCAAGGACUAUCUUGAGGUUCGCGCGAUCAACUUCCGUGAGACGCGCACGUACGAAAAGCCAGGACAGUUCACGGUGGAGAUUCACAAAAUUGAAGAGCUGGAGUUGGUGAGGAUCGAGGGGAUCGAAUCUGUGACCGGACGAACCGGAGGCAACGGCAAACUCUGGUACGAGUUUGAGGUUACGAACGAUGUGACCAAGAAGCGGCUGCAGGCCAACUUGAAUCUGACGCCUGGAACGGUUGCUGACUGGGAAGUGGAUGACAUUGUUGGCGAAGGAGCCAGCACUGAGGAGCUGGCCAACUUGGUCAAGCGAUUGAUGAUGCUGGUCGACGAGUGCCAAAAGACACUUCACGAGUAA